UCAAGCUUGUUCGAGAUUACACGCAUAUCAAAAGUUCAGAGUUUGAUUUUUUUUUAGGUUGCUUAGAGAUUAAAUAUAUUUAGAAUAUUUAGAUAGAUGCAAACGUUCAUAGGAAGAUGCAGAGCACGAGGAACUGCAAAAAAUUACCGCAUAAUUGGUGGGAGAACGCUGUCCCAAAACCCAUCAUCAACUCUGAUGAUGACCAGCUGAUGCAGAUGGAACAAAAUCAGCAGGAAUACGUAGCAUCCCGCUGCCAGAGCUUGAUAAAAAUCACCACUAUGAACAGACAAAGCCAAGAGGCCAUUAUAAUGCGCAUUUGUGGAAGGUCUGAGAUCAAGGAAGAUCUCAAGACCCUGUCUAGCACGAUGGAGACAAACAAGAAAGCUAGCAUGAAAGAACCAACAAAGCAAAGGAAAGGACUAGAGGUGAAGACUACCGAAAUGGAGCAUGCAGCUAGCAGGCCAUCAGUUCACCUCAAGCCUUUUGUUAUUUAUAAGCUGUUUCAUCUGCUGAAGUUCCAGGACUCGCUGAAAAAAUUACAGGGGCUGAAAAUUGUACAUGCUUUGGCUAAGAAGAAUCCUGAUAUUCUGCUGCCCAGUUUACAUGACAUCUGCCUGGCUGUGCUCCAGGAGGUCUGUAAUCGGCACUCAAGAGUGACGCAUGCUGCCAUUCGUACCUUGACACACCUAUUUGACCAUCUUCGGAAUGACAUGGACAAUGAGUGUCAGAUCACAGCCGCUGUCUUGCUGGACAGAUUCAGCGAGUCCACUGAGGUAAUCAGAGAGGCAUUGGACAUGGCGCUUAUGGAAAUGGUGUACAGCUGCUCACCUGUACAUGUCACGAACGCUUUACUGAAGGGAGGAGCCAGUCAUGUGGACCCUCUCGUGAGAAACCACAUGAUGCAGUGCCUGUUUAAACAAAUUCAGAUCACUGGCAUUUCACACUUGGUGAUGGAGAAUGUGAGCACCACACCAAGCUUCCUGUUUGCCCUCAGCAAAUUAGCUCAAGACCCUGAAAUGGAAGUGCGGUCCGUUGUCCAGAACAUACUUCUUUUUUCAGACAUAGAAAAAAAAAUUAUUAAAAUGAUAGACAUUUUUGUGCCAGAAAACGACAGACGGGGAAUCAAAGAAUUAACUAACAAGUUCAGAUCAAGAAUACUCAAUGCAAAAGACACAGUUAGUUAGCAUCAAUAAUUAGGUUUACAUUGCUCACCUAAACAGUUCAUUUUAAGCCUUUAAACGAUGAAACCACCAAAGUGAAGCGCCUAGGCACACCUGUGGGAAGCAUUGAUGAGCUGUUUCAUCUGCUGUAGUUCCAGGACG